AUGAGUCAGUUUCCUUAUUCAAGUGCCCCACUGAGGUCCGUCAAGGAAGUGCAGUUUGGCUUGUUGUCUCCCGAGGAAAUUAGAGCUAUUUCAGUUGUUAAGAUUGAAUAUCCUGAAAUCAUGGAUGAGAGUCGCCAAAGACCGAGGGAAGGUGGAUUAAAUGAUCCCAAGUUGGGUUCCAUAGACCGUAAUUUCAAAUGUCAAACUUGUGGUGAGGGAAUGGCAGAAUGUCCCGGUCAUUUUGGACACAUGGAGCUAGCUAAGCCAGUCUUUCAUAUUGGUUUCAUUCCGAAGAUUAAAAAAGUCUGCGAAUGUAUCUGUAUGAACUGUGGAAAGCUUCUUCUUGACGAAACAAACCCUACCAUGGCUCAGGCUAUCCGUAUUAGAGAUCCAAAAAAACGAUUUAACGCUGUGUGGCAGCUGUGUAAAACUAAGAUGGUAUGUGAAGCUGAUGCCCCUGUUGAUGAGUACUCUGAACAGAAGGUCGUCUCCAGAGGUGGAUGUGGAAAUACCCAGCCAGUCGUCCGUAAAGACGGUAUGAAACUUUGGGGUACAUGGAAGAAGAGCGGCUUCAGCGAUCGUGAUGCGCAACCAGAACGUAAACUACUAACUCCCGGUGAGAUCUUGAAUGUUUUCAAGCAUAUAUCGCCUGAAGACUGUUUUAGGCUAGGUUUCAACGAAGACUAUGCGAGACCUGAAUGGAUGAUAAUCACUGUGCUUCCUGUCCCUCCGCCCCAAGUAAGACCUUCCAUCGCCAUGGACGAAACCACUCAAGGACAGGACGAUUUAACACACAAACUAAGUGAUAUUUUGAAGGCAAAUAUCAAUGUACAAAAACUCGAAAUGGAUGGUUCCCCUCAACAUAUCAUAAAUGAGGUAGAACAAUUACUUCAAUUCCAUGUAGCUACCUAUAUGGACAAUGAUAUUGCAGGACAGCCACAAGCAUUGCAAAAAUCCGGGAGACCUGUAAAGGCCAUCCGUGCGAGAUUGAAGGGUAAAGAAGGACGUUUGAGAGGUAAUCUUAUGGGAAAGCGUGUUGACUUUUCAGCACGUACUGUUAUUUCCGGUGACCCUAAUUUGGAGUUGGACCAAGUUGGUGUACCCAUUAGUAUUGCCAAAACUCUUUCCUACCCAGAGACAGUCACACAAUACAAUAUUCAUAGGUUGACUGAAUACGUUCGUAAUGGGCCGAACGAACAUCCAGGUGCCAAAUAUGUUAUCCGUGAUAACGGUGAUCGUAUUGAUCUCAGGUACCAUAAGCGUGCAGGUGAUAUAGUUCUACAGUAUGGAUGGAAAGUUGAGAGACACCUGAUGGAUGAUGAUCCUGUCCUUUUUAACCGUCAACCGUCAUUACAUAAAAUGUCCAUGAUGGCACAUAGAGUCAAAGUAAUGCCCUACUCUACUUUUAGACUAAAUUUAUCUGUUACAUCACCGUACAAUGCUGAUUUCGACGGUGAUGAAAUGAAUUUACACGUUCCACAAUCUGAGGAGACCAGAGCAGAACUGUCACAGCUUUGUGCAGUUCCCUUGCAAAUCGUCUCUCCACAGUCAAACAAGCCCGUUAUGGGUAUCGUCCAAGACACACUGUGUGGUGUCAGAAAAAUGACGUUGAGAGACACCUUUAUUGAAUACGAGCAAGUAAUGAACAUGUUAUUCUGGGUUCCCAGUUGGGAUGGUGUUGUUCCACAGCCCGCUAUCCUGAAGCCUAAACCUCUUUGGACUGGUAAACAACUACUUUCCAUCGCUAUACCAAGCGGUAUCCAUCUUCAAAGAACUGAUGGUGGAAACUCUUUAUUGUCUCCAAAAGACAAUGGUAUGCUUAUUGUUGAUGGUAAGGUUAUGUUUGGAGUUGUGGACAAGAAAACCGUGGGAUCUGGUGGUGGUGGUUUGAUUCACACUGUUAUGCGGGAAAAGGGUCCUAAGAUAUGUGCAGAGCUCUUUGGUAACAUUCAAAAAGUUGUGAACUACUGGUUAUUGCAUAACGGUUUUUCUAUUGGAAUUGGUGAUGCGAUUGCCGACGCCAGCACUAUGAAGGAGAUUACACAUGCCAUUUCUAGCGCCAAAGAACAAGUCCAGGAAAUUAUUUACAAGGCUCAACAUAAUGAACUGGAGUUGAAACCAGGUAUGACUUUACGUGAGUCUUUUGAAGGAGAGGUUUCUCGUACGCUGAAUGAUGCUCGUGACUCUGCAGGUCGUUCUGCUGAGAUGAAUCUGAAAGAUUUGAACAAUGUGAAGCAAAUGGUGUCUGCAGGUUCCAAAGGAUCUUUCAUUAAUAUUGCGCAGAUGUCCGCUUGUGUUGGUCAGCAGAUGGUCGAAGGUAAACGUAUUGCUUUCGGUUUUGCUGAUCGUUCGUUACCGCAUUUUACUAAAGAUGAUUUCUCACCAGAAUCUAAGGGUUUUGUGGAAAACUCCUACUUGAGAGGAUUAACUCCGCAAGAGUUCUUCUUUCACGCCAUGGCUGGUCGUGAAGGUUUGAUUGAUACAGCUGUGAAAACUGCUGAAACAGGUUAUAUUCAGCGUCGUUUAGUGAAGGCACUAGAGGAUAUAAUGGUUCACUAUGAUGGUACUACGAGAAACUCACUAGGUGACAUUAUUCAGUUUCUUUAUGGUGAAGAUGGUCUUGAUGGUACCCAAGUUGAAAGACAAACUAUUGAUACCAUUCCUGGAAGUGACAAGGCUUUCCACAAACGUUACUAUGUUGACUUGAUGGAUGAAAAGAACUCGAUUAAGCCCGACGUUAUUGAAUAUGCUGCGGACAUACUUGGUGAUGUUGAGCUACAGAAAGAAUUGAACUCUGAAUAUGAACAAUUGGUCAGUGACCGUAAAUUCUUGAGAGAGAUAGUAUUUGUUAAUGGAGAUCACAACUGGCCUCUUCCUGUGAACCUCCGUCGUAUCAUUCAAAACGCUCAACAGAUCUUCCAUUUAGACCGUGCGAAGGCCAGUGACUUGACGAUUCCUGAAAUCAUUCACGGUGUUAGAGAUCUUUGUAAGAAACUAUUUGUGCUCCGUGGUGAGAAUGAACUUAUCAAGGAAGCACAGCAAAAUGCUACAUCAUUAUUUCAAUGUUUGGUCCGUGCUAGGUUGGCUACUCGUCGUAUUUUGGAGGAGUUCAGACUGAAUAGAGAUGCUUUUGAAUGGGUGCUGGGUACUAUUGAAGCUCAGUUCCAGAGAUCUUUGGUUCAUCCCGGUGAGAUGGUUGGUGUGAUUGCCGCUCAGUCGAUCGGUGAACCUGCAACUCAGAUGACGUUGAAUACAUUCCAUUAUGCAGGUGUGUCGUCUAAAAACGUUACACUUGGUGUUCCUCGUCUGAAGGAAAUUUUGAAUGUUGCAAAGAAUAUCAAGACCCCUGCACUGACAGUGUAUCUUGAUAGAGAAAUAGCACUUGACAUCGAGAAAGCUAAAGUUAUUCAAUCUUCAAUCGAAUAUACCACUUUGAAGAAUGUGACUUCUGCCACUGAGAUCUACUAUGAUCCAGACCCGACGAGCACUGUGAUUGAAGAAGAUUUUGAUACUGUCGAGGCUUACUUCUCGAUCCCCGAUGAAAAGGUGGAAGAAACGAUUGACAAGCAAUCCCCAUGGUUGUUACGUCUGGAACUAGACCGUGCAAGAAUGUUAGACAAGCAAUUGACGAUGAAUCAAGUAGCUGACAAAAUUUCAGAAGUUUUUAGUGAUGAUUUAUUUGUCAUGUGGUCUGAAGAUAAUGCUGACAAGUUGAUCAUCCGUUGUCGUGUGAUUCGUGACCCCAAGGCUAUGGAUGAAGAAUUGGAAGCUGAGGAAGACCAAAUGUUGAAAAGAAUUGAAGCUCACAUGCUUGACUUAAUUGCUUUGCGUGGUAUUCCAGGAAUCUCAAAGGUAUACAUGGUAAAACAUAAGGUUUCUGUUCCAGAUGAGUCUGGGGAAUACAAAAAUGAAGAACUUUGGGCUUUAGAGACUGAUGGUAUUAACCUCGCUGAAGUGAUGGCUGUACCUGGUGUCGACUCUUCCCGUACUUACUCGAAUUCCUUUGUUGAAAUUCUUUCAGUAUUGGGAAUUGAGGCUACUCGUUCUUCUUUAUACAAGGAGAUUCUUAACGUUAUUGCCUUUGAUGGUUCUUAUGUCAACUAUAGACAUAUGGCCCUAUUAGUCGAUGUUAUGACAUCACGUGGAUACUUGAUGGCUAUCACUCGUCACGGUAUUAACCGUGCAGACACUGGUGCCUUGAUGAGGUGUUCGUUCGAAGAGACUGUAGAAAUUUUGUUUGAGGCUGGUGCGGCUGCAGAGUUAGAUGAUUGUCGUGGUGUGUCUGAAAAUGUCAUGCUGGGUCAACUGGCUCCAAUGGGAACAGGUGCGUUCGAUGUCAUGAUUGAUGAGAAGUUGUUGACCAGUCUUCCAGCAGACUAUGCCCCCACCAUGCCGUUGUUCAAAGGUAAGGCAACACAAGGUUCUGCAACUCCUUAUGACAACAAUGCACAGUAUGAUGAUGAGUUCAAUCAUGAUGAUGUGGCAGAUGUUAUGUUUUCUCCAAUGGCUGAAACUGGAUCUGGAGAUGAUAGAAGUGGUGGCUUGACUGAGUAUGCAGGUAUACAGAGUCCAUACCAGCCUACUUCUCCAGGACUUUCAGCUACAUCACCUGGUUUUGCUCCUACGUCACCUGGUUUUGCUCCUACUUCACCAAGAUAUUCCCCUACCUCACCAGGCUACUCACCAACUUCACCCAGUUAUUCUCCUACUUCGCCUAGUUAUUCACCUACAUCUCCAAGUUAUUCACCUACUUCGCCAAGUUAUUCGCCUACUUCUCCAAGUUAUUCGCCAACUUCACCAAGUUAUUCGCCUACUUCUCCAAGUUACUCGCCAACUUCACCAAGUUAUUCACCAACUUCUCCAAGCUACUCGCCUACUUCGCCGCAGUACUCACCUACUUCACCACAGUACUCGCCUACUUCGCCGCAGUAUUCGCCUACUUCACCACAGUACUCACCAACGUCGCCGCAGUACUCGCCUACCUCACCGCAGUACUCGCCUACCUCACCGCAGUAUUCGCCCACUUCGCCGCAGUAUUCGCCCACUUCUCCGCAGUACUCUCCUACUUCACCACAAUACUCGCCAACUUCGCCACAGUACUCGCCAACUUCGCCACAGUACUCACCGACUUCACCGCAGUAUUCCCCCACAUCUCCUCAAUACUCCCCAGCAUCCCCACAGUACUCUCCUUCCCGUCAUUCUCCUAACGGUGAAUCAAAAGAGGGUGAAUAG